AUGGAUCCCACUGCGGAAGCGGGAGCAGCUGCAGCUGCAGCAACAGCCGCAGAGCCGACCGCGCCCGCCGCGACACCAACGACCACUGCACCACCACCAGAGCAACAGCAACAGCCAACGCAACCGCAAACCACCACGGCUCCCGCUGCGCAGCCGCCCGCGCAGCCGCCCGCGCAAUCGGUGCAGCAGCAGCAACAGCAACAGCAACAACAGCAGCAGCAGCAGAAGCAGCAGCAGCAGAAGCAGCAGCAACAGAAGCAGCAGCAACAGCAAAGACCACCUGCCGUUCAGCCGCGCGAUCGAUUCUACCAGCAAUCGCUCGGCGGAGCUUUGAACGCCAAUGUCAAGAAGGCCCGCGUUUUGAUGGUCGGAGCUGGCGGUAUCGGAUGCGAGCUCCUCAAAAACCUCGUACUCACGGGCUUUGGCGAGAUCCACGUCGUCGAUCUCGAUACAAUUGAUCUGAGCAACCUCAACCGACAAUUCCUCUUCCGAUACGAACACAUCAAAAAAUCCAAGGCUCUGGUGGCCAAGGAUGCGGCACAGCCUUUUAACCCCAAGGUCAAGAUCGUUGCCCAUCAUGCGAACAUCAAGGAUUCCCAGUUCAAUGUGAAGUGGUUCCGGGACUUCCACAUUGUUUUCAAUGCGCUGGACAACCUAGAAGCAAGACGGCACGUCAACAGAAUGUGCUUGGCUGCCGACGUUCCCCUGAUUGAGAGCGGCACGACUGGGUUCAACGGCAACGUCCAAGUCAUCAAGAAGGGAGUCACUGCAUGCUACGACUGCACCCCUAAGGAGACGCCCAAGUCUUUCCCGGUUUGCACCAUCCGAAGCACGCCGAGUCAGCCCAUACACUGUAUCGUCUGGGCCAAGAGCUACCUACUCAACGAAAUCUUCGGCACGAGUGAAGACGAGUCUGCUUUCGACAACUCAGCCGAUGCCGAUAAUGCCAAGGAGAUUGAAGAGCUGAAGAAGGAGGCCGCCGCUCUCAGAGCGAUUCGUGAAUCACUGGGUACCGAAGCCUUUCCUCAGCUUCUCUUUGACAAGGUGUUCAACACCGAUAUUUUGCGAUUGGCGUCUAUGGAGGACAUGUGGAAGUCCAGACGGAAGCCCGAGGCCCUUGACUACAAGACUCUGUCGGAACAGUCGAAGGACGCCCUUGCGUCAAAGGAGGCAAUUCUGACGGACGGACAAAACGUGUGGACGUUGGAGCAGAAUUUUGCAGUGUUCGUCGACAGUCUGGACCGGCUGAGCAAGCGCAUGCAGGAGCUGAAGAAGGCUCACCAAGACGCACCUGGACCGGAGCCCCUGAUCACUUUCGACAAGGACGACGAGGACACAUUGGAUUUUGUCACAGCCAGUGCCAACAUCCGAUCAUUCAUCUUCGGCAUAGAGCGCAAGUCCCGUUUCGAUAUCAAGCAGAUGGCGGGCAAUAUCAUCCCGGCCAUUGCGACAACCAACGCAAUUGUCGCAGGCCUGUGUGUUCUUCAGUCGUUCAAGGUUCUGAGAGGUGACUUCACUCAGACUAAGGAGGUGUUCAUCUCUCCUCAUAACCCUGCUCGUCUGCUCAACUCGAGCAAGUACCGACCUCCCAACCCAGAUUGCCCGGUGUGCAGCGUAUAUCAGACGAGCGUGUAUGUCGACUUGUCCAGAGCUACGCUCAAGGAUCUCGUCGAGGACUUUGUGCGUCUGGAGCUUGGCUACGGCGACAAGGAGUUCGCCGUGAACAACGACGCAGGCCCGCUCUACGACCCAGAUGAGACAGAAAACUUGCCCAAGAAGCUCAGCGACCUUGGCAUCAAGGAAGAUACUUUCCUCACCGUUAUCGAUGAAGACGAUGAGGAGCCCUUCGUCAAUGUCGUCAUCAGCAUCCAGGAAUCCAAGGAACCCUUGGAAGACAAGCCUGUCAAGGGCUUGGUUGCGGAUCAGAAACCCGAGAUUCCUCGCAAGCCAAAGAAGGAGACCCCGGCGGAGUCUAACGGCACAGCUGAGCAGAACGGCAAGCCCACCGUCGAUGUCGAAGGAGAGUCGGCAAACCUCAAGCGGCCUCGGUCAGACGAUGGCGACGAACCGAUUGAAGCAAAGAAGGCCAAGGUUGCCGCAGCAAGCAACGACGACGUGGUCGUCGUGGAUGAUUCGACAGGUGGCGCAAUCGUCAUCGACGACUGA